GAAGAUCCCUUUACCAAGGGCAAAUUAUAUAGCCUAGUCAGUAUAAGAUGAAGCUCCAGUGCUAUUAUGUAAUCUUGACAUCCACUUUGUUGUGGCUUCUCUUUUUUAUGGAUUUUGCUUUUGCUGUUGAGGCUGAUGAAAUAUUUCAGGGAGGCUGGAACUUGCGUGUUCUUUCACCCGGUCGUUCAUCGUCACCUUCGUACGUCGCGUGGGUUGAAAGGGACACGAUUAAUAUCACGAAGCUCAACUCUAGUGGCAUGAGUGAAUUUUUUUCACGCGCUGUUGGACUUCUUCGAAUGGUAAACUUUGGGACCCCUAGGGAGUUGGAUAGGACUUUCCAUUUAAGACACUCGCUUGAUCUCUCAUUUGUUGCCAGCAAAAUAGGUGACACCAUUGAUGUGCAUUGCAAUCCAGGACUGAUGCAUGGAAUGAAUUUUUCUCAAUUGCUGAUAGAGAACGGCCAUUUUAGUAAAUAUUUCAAUGAUAUUUUGCCUGUACACACGACUUAUGACAACCAAUGCAUUGCGUUACCAUGGGGAGUGGAGCACAUCAGUGUUCAUUAUCAUUAUUACCCUCAAAUGAAGCACUUCUUCACAUUUACAUUUGUGCUGCAAGGGUGGGAAACCAAGAUGCCCCGCAUAGUAGCUGUGGAGGCCACGCCAUUCCCCCGUGGGAAGUCGAAGCGAGAAGGGUCCCUUUACGGUCCGUUAUGGGCAAUUGUUGUGCUUGUCAUCCUGCGCGCCCUGCCGCGGUACUUCAUGAAGCAGGGUGGCUGCGUCGGCAGGGGUUUAUAUCGAAGUGCGGUGCGCCCCAUCUCCGCAUCCGAGCGACGUAAGUUAGUGAGGGAAAAGUGUGAGGAAAUUAUCCGUAAGAUGAAGGAUGAAGAUGGCAAGUCAUGAGUUGAUUCUCAGCAUAAAUA